GCGCGAGCCACUUCACGUCCCCCCCCCGCACGUCACCUGUUCCCGGAAGUGAGGUUUCAUUUUUGUUGCCGAGCGUUGGGACGCAUCGGGGACGCGGGCGAGACUUCGUCAACGUGUGGCGGGGUUUACACGUUCACAGGUGGAGCCGGCUGGAACCAUGGGAUCAACCUGGUUCGUGCUACCUUUGGUCUGGGCUGCAAUUGCAGGGCCCGUGGCGGGCGUCAUUGUGAAUACAGCGUCCACGAGCGUGUCCCAGAUGGUUGGGACAGACGCCUUCUUCAGCGUCAGCUUCAGCGGCUCCUCGGGCAGCACAAGGAUAACGUGGACGUUUAACAACCAAAUCGUCGAAUGGCCAUCCAACAACAUAGGCGCUAACACUACUCGGGAGGAGUACAAGGGGCGUAUCGCGAUCUACACCAACGGCUCGCUGCUCCUCCAGCGGGUCACCCUGUCGGACAUCGGAAUGUACAAUGUGGUCAUGGGGGACUUCUCCACGGACGACGGAAAAGCCAACAUCACGCUGGGCGUCUAUGAGGUCAUCGCCAACGCGACGCUGCAACUGCUUCCGCCCUCGCCGCCCAAACUUGGCGGCAGCGCCACCCUGCGGUGCUCGGCAGCGAGCGUCGCCAGCGGCGCCGGCCUCGUGUUCUCCUUCUAUAAGUAUGGCGACCUCCUCGCCACGCUCGCGCCCGCUGCCGCGAGCCCCGACCACGCGGACUACACCAUCGGCAACUUGACAUUCAGCCACCGCGGCAGUUACUCGUGCCGUGCGGUGAACCCAGUGAGCAAUAGGACGAGCGCGCCCGUGCUGCUGGAGCUCGAAUGCGCGACGACCAGCGGCGUGGCGUCCCUGACCGUGCCCAGCACCUCUAUUAUCUCGACGCCUGGCCUCGACUCCACGCUGUCCUUGAGCUAUGCCUUCUUCGGCAAGGCCAACGUCUCGUGGACGUUCGGCGUGCAGACGGUGGCGAGCUGGAUCCUGCCGGGGAGCGGAGCGGAGCCGCAGGAGUUUUCCGAAGGAAACAACUACGUCGGUCGGACUGCGGCCUACGCCAAUGGGUCCCUGCGCAUCAAGCUGUCGCAAGUGCAGGACAGGGGGAGCUACAAGUUCACGGCGAUGCCGUGCACGGGACCGCAGUCUAGCGCGUCUAUCGCCCUGACAGAGGACCCGUGGCCUGCGACGCGCUCGGCCAUCAUCGGCGGCGUGGUGGGCGGAGUGGGCGGCCUGCUGCUGCUCCUGCUGCUGCUGCUGCUCAUCCUCAUGUGCCGACGGAAGCGCAAGCAGAAAAAGAGCCCGCCGCCCAAGGCCAACAAGAAGACGAAGGCUCAAGUGGAGACCGUGAGACGCAUGGAGCCACCGCCGGAGCACCAGAGGCCGUGGACGACGGGCGACACCAUGGGCGGACGGAACGGCACGCUCAGCACGUCGUUCCACCCCAACGGGAACGCACACAGCGACACGAUGGGGCAAUCGAACCCGGCCUACAACUCCUACACGCCCGACUUCUCCAGAGGAGCACGCGGCGACGACGACUGGAGAAUGGAUCGCAGCUCAGUGAGACCCCCAAGCGUGGAUGAGAUGUCUCUGCCGGUCGGCGCCGACUUCUCCUACGCCAACCGAUACUCUAACUCCACAAAAUCACAAGAUCCUUUAGACAAUGUUGGGUUCCCGGACUCCCUGUCAGAGCUGGCUAACGUGACAUCAAACCCCAAGUUCCGGGCCAUGACUGCCGUGUGAACGCAGAGUGCGCUGGUCUCACGGCACACACAAUGCUUUGGUCGUUCGCAUUGUACGUGCGUGUGUGCGUGUCCGCGCGCAUGUGCGUGUGCGCACCCACCAAUACCAAAACCCGCCAUUGAGCCACCAAGUCAGUUUAACACCAAUAUCAUCCAUGGUACAGGUUUUUUUGGGUUAAAUCGCGUAAAUAUAUAAAUGUGCCGUUAAACCCACCAACCCCCGACACAGCCAAUUGGUAAGGUUUGUCUCGUAAACAGCAUUUACAAUUUGAAUAUGACGGCUGUAGUAGUAACUAAUUGGCGUGUUGUUUCCUUCACAAACUUUACUGGCCGUGUCGGGUGGUGGAGGGUUACGACACAUUUAUACCUACUGGAUCUAACCCAAAUACCUUUAUUAUGUAUAGUAUUGGUCGCGAAAGCCUACGUGUUAAACGUUUUGUGGGAGACUUAUUUUUUUUAGUUAGAAAAAGAACGGAUAAUACGCUGCAAUUUGAUAACAAAUGUCUGUUAAUAGCCUGAAAAAGGUCAGUCUCCACGAUUGUGAAUGUUGCGGUGCCGUGUGAAUAUCGCGGCGCAUUACGGAACAACAACGGCUUUCUCAGCUGUCGACGAAUUCCAGGUUAAGUUAUACUUCACUUUCCCAUAAGCACAUUGAGUGGCACCCGAGCGUACGCAUAAGGGGGGGAGGGGGGGGGGGUGGUGGAGUGUUUUAUAUUUGGUAUUUUAUUUGUAUUCAAUUCAAAUUAGAUAUUGUAAAAAAAGAAAAAAUCUUGUCGUACUCAGUGUAACAUAUAUCAUCGUUUUGUAUGUUGAUCGCCCAAAGUAAAUCUUUUUUUAACGAUAACUUUUUUUCGUCAAACGAUCUCGGCAACAGAAGUGACGCCAACGUGACGGCGCGCUUCAGACGGGGAAGAAGUACCGGUGUCGCAGGAAGUGACCUCACAGGAAGGAGUGUCACCUCCUGUUACGUCACCUCUUGUGACGUCACUUCCUGUAACAUCGCUUACAGCGACGCCAGAAUGGGAAUGGUGUAUUUAUACUGGAGGAGGAAUCCGAUGCGCUUUAAAGAUCUUUUUCACAGAUGUCCAGUAGGGGGCACGGGGUCGGAUCAUUACGACAACAAACAAUACGAACAAAACACGACAGGAAACACGAUGCCACAUUUACAUCAACCCCAAACAACAACAAGAACUAUUCCGGAUCAAUUGUAUACAUCGAGGCCCCAAAUUUUUUGGCGUUUACAUAUCAAACGGAAAAUCAGGAAGACAUCCCACGCACGCACGGACAAACAUGCGUGUCCGAUUCACAUUGUAUGUGCACGCAUGAACACGCACUCGCGCACGCAAGAUCUUACUUGCGCGCACACACCUGAACAUAUACAGGCUGUAUAUGUUUGCACAUUCACCUAUAGAUGUGCAAUCACUCGUAUACCGAUAUAUUUAUAAUCAAUUGGUGCCUUUGGUAUUCGGGCGUUCCUUAAAGCGCAAGACUGGGACAUUUAUGCAAACAAGUGCGCAUACAAGUGUACACAACGCUUCUGUAGAGCCGGGCUAUCUGGUCGUUUGUGUGAUGAUCGGGGGUCCCUGUAAACACGUGCCAAUCGGGUGCAGCAGCGCUGGUGGUCUCCGGGGCAAGACGCGACCCACAGCUGCAUUCUGCCUGGCCCAUGGUCAGCCACACACCCUGAAGCAAACCGCGAUUUGAAACUGGAGCUCGCAAACGAUAUUUGGGGGCGGCCACGGUGGCUAGGAGAUGUUAACUACCUCGCCGGGCAUUCAGGGGGGGGCGUGGGUUCGAUCCCGAUCCUGAUGAUGCCUAUUGUAUAUUUGC